AUGGCUUCUCCUCAGCAAGUGCAUGAAUGCACCCCCCAGCCCUCAUCCCCCGACUGGAGAUCAGGCCAGGUUACAGCUAGCCAGCUGUCCGGGGGAAGGGGAGCCGGCCGAGGAAGUGUUCCGGGUGACCAAAAGACCUCUUACCAGUUCCAGGGUAGGCCGGACGGGUACGGACCCAUUUUCCAAGAUGGGGAAGAUGUACUGAUUUUCCAGGGCCCCAAGAUGCGCAAGGCCCAGUGUGUCUGGGUGACUGUGGAGGACCAGCAGGUCAAAUACCUAGUCCGUUACCCGCCCCAGAGCGACACCAGUCCAGCCAGUGGAGGGUUUGCUACUCGUGCCGGUGCACCCUUCUGGCUGCGCUCAUUAGUUUCGGCUGGACUCAUCCCAAGCGCCCGAACCGUGCCUCUGGGAACUCGCAGUGGGAGCAGCUAUGGCCGAUCCAUAAUCCUGGGAAGGGGGGCCCUCAGCUCCAGAAACCGGGACCCGCUGCCAGUCGUCCCCCAGGUAUUCUCUGAACAGCCGCUUUAUCCCAUUUCCCCCCAUGGCUGGGACUACGUAUGGAUCCCCGAAGGCAGUGUCCUCCGCUACUCGGCUGCUUACCUGCAGAGGGACCAAUCCGCCUACGUCUGCCUCCAGAUAGCAGCGGAGAAGCAGCAGCAGCCCGAACACCCUGUUUCCUUGAUCCGGGGUAGCUAUUACAGUAGUCCGGGUGAGAGCAGUACCGCUGGGGGCUCAAGGAUGCAAUCUCCCGGGGAGAUGGAUAAGGCCCUUCCUCUAGGGAGAAGACGUCGGUCACCGAGAGACAAGGAUGCUACUGGGGGCCUAGAAAAAAAACCCACGGACAAGCGGGAAGUCCAGAUCCACCUGCCCAUCGCCCUGGAGGACUUGUUCCUGCAGGAUUGGUCGCUGGUAACCCUCACGAAAAAGCUCUUCAAAGUGCCAGCCAAGAAGACCGUUGAUAACAUUCUGACCACGUAUGCCACCUUCCAGCCAAACGUCCGGUCCACUGAUAAGAAGUAUGCCGUCAGUGGUCUAGUGGCUGUGAUCAAGGAGUACUUUGAUUUGCUGUUGGGCACCCAGCUGCUCUACGAUUUUGAGAGAGCUCAGUAUGCUGAGAUCCUGGCCCAAUUCCCCGAUUUGCAGAUGUCCCAGAUCUACGGCAGUGCCCACCUUUUGCGCCUCUUCCCCAAACUGGGCUCUGUGCUGGCCUGCAGUCCUCUGAAUGAUGGCAGCAUCCAUGUGUUUAUGGACAAUUUACAAGAUUUCCUGGAAUAUCUGGCCAAAAAUCCUUCUCAACUAUUUACAGAAGCCACCGAUUACCAGCUGGGUCCCGAGUACGGACAGAAAUCUGAAUGA